GUAUAUAUAUACUGCUACAAUUUAGAGGUGUUAUGUUUCAGAAUCAUGACUUCUCAGGUGAGGCAGAACUUCCAUCAGGAGUGUGAGGCAGCCAUUAACAGACAGAUUUCCCUGGAGCUCUACGCCUCAUAUGUCUACCUGUCCAUGGGGUACUAUUUUGACAGGGAUGACAAGUCUCUGCCCAACUUUGCCAAGUUUUUCCGCGAGCAGUCUAAGGAGGAGCAAGAACAUGCGGAGAAGCUGAUGAGUCUGCAGAACCAGAGAGGAGGACGGAUCUACCUGCAGGACAUCAAGAAGCCGGAUCGGGAUGAGUGGGGCAGCGGUCUGGAAGCGCUGGAAUGUGCUCUGGCUCUGGAAAAGAGCGUAAAUCUGUCCCUACUGGAGCUUCACAAGGUGGCAACUCAACACAAUGGUCCACAUGUUUGUGAUUUCCUGGAGACGCAUUACCUGGACGAGCAGGUGAAGUCCAUUAAAGAGCUGGCGGACUGGGUGAGCAGCCUGCGGCGGAUGGGCGCUCCUCAGAACGCCAUGGCCGAAUAUCUGUUUGACAAGCACACUCUGGGAAAGGAAAGCUCUUAGACAGAUCUCUCUCUGUGUUUAUGAUGCAGUCAGUCCACCAAGCAUGUGACGUGUUGCUGUAGUUUACUAGAGAUCCUGCCUGAACCCUUUAGAAGCCAUACAGUAAAUGUAGUCCACAUUAUAUGCAAUAUUCUAUAUGAAAUCAUUCAAAUGAGAUGAUCGCAAUAAAAAUAUUAAUG